CUACCGUCCAAACAGCCCCUAAGGACUGAAGAGACAUAUCUACCACCAAACUUGAAAUUGAAAGGAAUGGAAGUAGGAAGGAGAAGUCGCCUUGGACUCCAUUUUCUAUCUCAUGCACCCUCCAUUUCUCUGAACAUCCUUCACAAUCCUCUCUCUCUCUCAAGAGUCAACCAUGUCACCCAAGCCCGUUAACUCCGUCACCAUCGCUGCCAUGAUUAGUUUCAGUUUCCUCAUCCUUUUCUUCUCCGGUGUCCUUGAGCUUCCUUCCGCAUCUUCUUCCGUCCAACCCAUCCGCGAUUCCAUCACAUCCGCAUCAGAACCGUUCACCGACCUGGUGGGUGCCUUCAGGAAAUGGGACUCUCAGGUGGGUUGUCCCCGGUUCAGGCAGAAACACGGUGAUCUUAACCUGCUAAACACAUCAAGGGCUUCUUCUUUGCAACAGAUUGGCGGUGAAUCGGAAUGUGGAAGCUUGAAAUCGAGCCAUGUUAGCGUUUUGGUCAAAGGCUGGACUUGGAUUCCCGAUAAUUUAGAUAAUUUGUACUCUUGCCGAUGUGAGUUGAGCUGUUUAUGGACUAAAUCUUCUGUUUUAGCGGACAAGCCUGAUGCCUUAUUGUUUGAAACUACCACGCCUCCACUACGGAGGCGAAUGGGACAACCACUUCGCGUAUACAUGGAUCUUGAAGCUGGCAGAAGGCGAUCUGGCCGGGAAGAUAUAUUUAUUAGUUAUCAUGCUGAAGAUGAUGUACAGUCAACCUAUGCUGGUGCUCUGUUUCACAACGGCCGAAACUAUCAUAUCUCUCCUUACAAAAACAAUGAUACGCUUGUUUAUUGGUCUUCAUCCCGGUGUCUUUCUCAAAGGAAUGAACUUGCCAAGAAACUACUUAGCUUGCUGCCACACCAUUCAUUUGGCAAAUGCCUUAAUAAUGUUGGUGGUCCAGACAUGGCUUUAUCCUUUUAUCCCAAGUGUGCCAAUGAUGCUAGUGUUACCCCCAAUUGGUGGGACCACUUACAUUGUGCCAUGUCUUACUACAAGUUUGUUCUUGCAAUUGAGAAUACGUGGACUGAAAGUUACGUGACAGAGAAGUUAUUUUAUGCCUUGGACUCUGGUGCGGUUCCGAUAUAUUUUGGGGCGCCAAAUGUUAUGGAUUUUGUCCCUCCGCAUUCUAUAAUCGAUGGCAGAAAGUUCAACUCCCUGGAAGAACUAGCUUCGUAUGUGAAGACCCUAGCUAAUGACCCAGUAGCAUAUGCCGAAUACCAUGCAUGGAGAAGGUGUGGUGUAUUGGGUAACUAUGGAAGAACUCGAGCGGCGAGUCUUGACACACUUCCAUGCCGGCUAUGUGAGGCUAUUAGCAGAAAAGGUGGAAGAAAUGCUAGAACCUAGGAGUAUUAUUUUUUGCUGGACAUGUAGGACUGCUUGAUGGUGAUAGACAGAUUAACGAUGGAUCAUACAGGCCGUGUGAUCUAUAUAUAAGAAACGGAUUGUUUUCCCGAGGGAACCAAGAAAUUGAUGGUUAUGAUUGAGGAUGAAUCCGCUGGUGAAGCCAGAUUACACUAGUUCAUUGUUAAUAUAUCAUUUUUGACGCAUGGGGAAUAUUGUGAGAUGCAUUUGACAAUUCUUUGAUGAUAGUAAAUACGACAGGUUUUUCCGCC